GCGGCGGUCAGACGGUAACAUGUCACAUCGCCGUUGGCCGUCGCGGUGGACGGACGUGUGCAGUAAGAGAUUGCGACGCAAAAGUUGAACGCACCACGCCGCGAGUGUUACUAGCCCCGGUAUUUUUAGAACCGCGAAUAAACUGGUUUUGUGACGCGAAAGUGCUCUCGGGAUAUACAGGAUUAUAUUCAAGGAUGCAUCGCUACCAGGCCCUUUGUAUGAUCAUGGCCGCAUUAUGUACAACGUCAUGCAGCAGCGUAAACAACCCCCACAAGUCCGAAGACAGCACCCUGCCGAGCCUGGUGAAGGAGGUAGAAGACAACAGUCGAUACAAGACUUUUGAGGCCAACGUUACUUUGCUGAAGCUACUCGUUAGUGAUAAGAAUGGAGUUAGCAAGUCUGAAGUUUUCGACAUGCUGCACUCUCGCGACGACAACCCGAGCCAUAUUGACCUGCCGGUCUUCCCCGAGGACUCGGAGGUGGCGAAAGUCGAUGUUCCCGACGCCCCGAAGUCACAGGCUGAGUUCUUGCAAGCACCAGAAGACGAAGUUUCAAAAGACAAGCCGAAGCUGAUGCAAUACUCGAGCGCUCGCGGCGAACCGAUCGGUGCAGCCGCCGGCAUUAUGGUCGUGGUGACUUGCAGCAUUGUGCUCUUGGGGUACACGAUACUCGUAGUUUGGAGGAGGAUUUACUUGAAAAGAAACGGUCUCAAACACGAGCUGUUGAGGAAUGAAGAAAUCGUCGCCGAAACACGGCUAGAUGUAAGUUGGCAAUAG